AUGCCUAAACGACAAUUAGGUAAAAAUGGUCCAAACGUAUCGGCGAUUGGCCUUGGAAUGAUGGGCUUAUCUAUUUGCUAUGGAGCUGUUGCUUCGGACGAGGAACGAUUCAAGAUCUUGGAUCGUGCUAUCGAACUCGGUUGCACUUAUUUCGAUACUACCGAUGUCUACGGCGACAGCGAAGAUUUAUUAGGGAAGUAUUUCAAAAAAUAUCCGCAACAGCGUCAAAAAAUCUCUGCUGACUUAAAAUCUUUUUCGUUUCGUGGCGAUGCAGAAUAUGUUCAUCACGCGAUUAUCAAAAGUCUUGGACAUCUUCAACUCGAUUACGUUGCUCUAUACUACGUACAUCGAAUUGAUCCAAAAGUUCCGAUGACUUUGAAGAGAACAAUAUUCGAAGAAUCUAUCCGCGCUUUUCCAAAGAAGAACUAG